GCUCGCAACUGCGCGUGCACCGUGACGUCACCGCGGCGCACCUGCGCUUGGCUCCGCCCAUCCGCCUCGACACUGCGCGCAACCGCCCUGCUGCGCCAGUCGUGACCAGGCGAUUAGCCGAGCUUGCCGGGGAAGACGGGGUCGGGGAAGACGAGCUUACGUUAGCCUUGCUCAACGUGAGGUCGCUUCAGAGCCACGCCGCAGACGUUAACUACGACGAACUGCUGCGGAGGGCCACGCUGAUAGUUAAGUCAAUCCGCAUAUUCACCGCGGCAGCGUGUGCUGCUAUGGUCGUGGCGAUGCUCGCUGCCGCCGCGGUCGCCCUAUCGCACGGAGAGCAACAUCUCACUCCCGGAACGGAGGAAGAUGAUGUAAUCGAAGUGAAAUUACCACCGCUGAUGCCCGAAAUUCUGCGGACUGAGUGUGCGACAACCACUGCCAUCAGCCGGCCCACUUCGACUGCCUCGACGUCGAAUGAACCACCGACGAAGCCUGUCCAGCCAACUGAGCAUAGCAUACCAGCAAGCACUGCCACCAACCCACCACCAUCGACUACCUCGACGUCGAGUGGACCAGACACGAGCCCACCAUCCUCGACUACGUCGACGUCGAAUGAACCGUCCACUGCGCCUGUCCAGCCAACUGAGAGUAUGGCGACAAGCACUGCCACCAACCCACCAACCUCUGCUACCUCGACGUCGAGUGGACCAGACACGAGCCCACCAUCCUCGAUUACGUCGACGUCGAAUGAACCGUCCACUGCGCCUGUCCAGCCAACUGAGAGUAUGGCGACAAGCACUGCCACCAACCCACCAACCUCUGCUACCUCGACGUCGAGUGAACCAGACACGAGCCCACCAUCCUCGAUUACGUCGACGUCGAAUGAACCGUCCACUGCGCCUGUCCAGCCAACUGAGAGUAUGGUGACAAGCACUGCAACCGACCCACCAACCUCGACUACCUCGGUUGUGACUGAGCCACCAACGGAGCCUGUCCGUCCCGCACAGCCUCCCAUGACGCGAUUUCCGCUGGUCUGCGUCUUCGGGGCGGCGACAAACGAGUCACAGCCGCUGCCUGCGGACGGCGUGUGCGACUUCACCUUCUACGACGGCCUCUACGAGACGGGCCCGUUCGACACGCUCUACAGCCCACGCUUCAGUGCGCCCGUUGAGCACGUGCUUAGUCACGCGUCGCUUCACAGCGUCACUCAGUACGGCCUCUCCUUCGGCUACAGGGGAUACCCGACGCUGGCACCAUGA